AUGAGUGCGCCGGGGAAGCAGGCGUCGCGAUGGGGUUCGUUUCUCCAGCAGGCCGUGGCGGGCGUCGAGUCCCGCUUGGACACCAUCCUGGCCGAGUCGGACGAUGAUCGCAGCGCGACGCCACCGGCAGCAACUGCCGCUGCUGCGACGGCGGCUGCCAGUCCAAAAGUGACGAGCUCUGACUCUCGAGCAUCGUCGACUAGCCGCGCAAAUGAUCGACUGCAAGCAAGGCUGGCCAAGGCCCUGGCUAACAAGAAUGCGCUUUCGCCGGCGAGUGCGUCGCCGCGCAGCUCCAUCGAUGCAGCUAGCCGAAGCUCCAUGGAGAGGCCCUCGAUAGAUCAAGACAAGCCUGAGGUUCCGUCAGAACAGAAGCCCACAUCCGAGGCCGAGUCGCCUCAAGCCGCCCCUGAUCCCACAGCUGCCACUACCUCUACUACCACGACGACGACGGAGACGACGACGACAAUACCAAUAACAAUAACAGACGACGAUGACACUGCUGCCAAGUCUCCUUUGGAGCCGGCUGUUGACAAAACAGAGGGUGCUCCGUCAGGGACAGAGGAGCAGCAGACGCUCAAAGAAGCACCUUCAAAAGUGGACGAGCACACGCCGACAAAGGUGGACGAGCACACGCCGACAAAAGUGGUCAAAGACGAAACUCCAACAGAUACCCCCGAUGCGGCAACAACCGUUGUAGAAAAUGCACUUGAUGCCGCCGAGUUGGCUCGCGAGCUCGAGGAAGCAAAAUUGCGACAUCGAGAGGAGAUUCAAGAGUACGUUGAACGGAUAGACUCUAUACAAUCCAAGCUCCAAUAUUUAUCUAAAAAUGCCGCCGAUUCCGCAAAGAAGGCUGCGUCGGCAGCCCCAUCUGGUAGCCAGGAAAAGAAGCUCGCGGAGAAGGAUGAGCGAAUCGCGCUACUGAUGGAAGAAGGCCAGAAACUGGCCGGAGCGGAGCAAAAAUAUCGAGCAGCAAUCAAGACUUUGCGGCUUCAAGUAGGGGAGCGUGACAAGCAGCUGGACGAAGCACGAAAAGCAAAGGACAAAAUGGCAUCGGAUAUUCAAGCGCUGCGCGACCGCUUGGACGGAGAUGAAGAGAAGGAAAAGCGCCGGCAGGAGGCCACCAAGGCUACUGCAGCUCUACGGAAGGAAAUUGACGCCUUAAAGAAGGACAAUGCCAGCAAAGACGCUACCAUUCGUCGACUUGAGCAGGAAGUAAAGUCAAAGGAGGAGCAAGGCCAGGUUGCCAAAGCGGAUGCUGUGAGCAAAGCGGUAACCGCAGAGCGAGUAAAACAAAAGGAACUCGAAGAUGCAAAUGAUGCUCUCCGAGCAGAAUUGGAAGCUCAGGGCGAAAAGGCCCGACUAGAUGCCAUAGAAGCGAGCGAGAAGCUUGAGCGUGCCAUCCAGCGUGGUAACACCGUCGAAGCCGAGCUACGGCUUGAGCUUCGGAGCAUGGAGGGCAAGCUAGAAGGCGUACGGGUGACGGCAGAAGAAGCUGCCUCCAGCACAGGAGGCGAGGCUCAAGCUAAGCUGUUCCGGCAGAUAGAGACGUUACAGUCACAGUAUACGUCAGCCAGACAAAAUUGGCAGGGCAUAGAGGCGUCCUUGAUGUCGAAAACGACCAGCUUGGAGAGUGAAAGAGACGAAGCACAGCGGCGGGAGUCUGAAAUGCGCAAGAAGGCCCGAGAUGCGGCCAAGCGUAGCAGAACUCUGGAAGAUGAGCUACAAGAUGCGCAGAUGCAGCUCGAAGCCUGUCGUGAAGAGCUUGCCGCUCUCCAAAAAUCCUCGAAAGCUACCGAGACGGCUCUCGAGCAAACCCGCACAGAUCUGGACAAGGAGAAGCAAGCUGCAAGCAGAGCCUUUUCGGCUGAGUCAGGACGACAGUGGAUCGAUGAAGUUGCGAAUACAGCAUCAUCACGAACCCAAAGCCGCCCAGAGUCGCCGUUACUCUCUGCCCCGCGAACAUUCAGCUCCGAAGCUGUUUCGUUAUCUGUUCCCAACCGCAUACGACGAUCUCCCACUCCUGUAAACAUACUAGAUAGUGCAGCAGAAGGAUUCAGUCCUCUUCGCCGACCCUCUGCGUAUCUACCGACUCGAACGGGAACAGGGCCACUGUCACUUACUGGAUCUGUUCCUCCAUCUCCGUUCUCUCCUCUGGAUCACCCGUUGGAAUCACCACCAACGAUACCUCCGUCGGUGGUAGAGAGGGAGAAUGGAAUCAGCGAUACAGCCCCUUCAUCGCCUCGCAAUCUGGCACAAGAUAUGAUUUCAGUGUCAACCGUGGCGGCGGGACCAUCUGUCCAAUUAGUGGAACGGAUGAGCGCCGCAAUACGUCGCCUGGAGGCAGAAAGGGUUGCCGCCAAGGAAGAGAUGGCAAGGGUCUGUAGCCAGAGAGAUGAAGCGAGAUCAGAUAUGGUGAGCCUGAUGAAGGAUUUGGAAGAGGCAAAGGCAGCGUCUGCAAGGGUGCCGGAUCUAGAAAAGGAAGUUGCCGACCUGGAUACGAGAUAUCAAACCACCUUGGAGUUAUUAGGAGAGAAGAGCGAGCUAGUUGAGGAGCUGAGAGCAGAUGUAGACGACGUUAAGACGAUGUAUCGGGAACUGGUAGAGCGAACUGUAAAGUAA